AUGGAGGCAUAUCCUACCGAAUAUGUCGAGCAUAACCUUCCUCUGCUUCUCCUUUCGGGACUCGCAAAGGACGAUCCAUCACACGCGGGUCCAGCCUUGACGAGACAAGAAUAUGGCGCUGGCGUCCAGAUAGAAUCGCCCGAAUGCAAGACUGAUCAGGCUCAGGCCUUGCUUCGAGAAGCAAAAUCUCAAGAUGGAUAUGGCCUCCCAUGGAACUCGGCAUCGCUCCCCGGGCCGACAGGCAGCAUUCGAUUUAGAAUCAAGACCAUUGGAAGGACUUAUACGUUGCCGGCGAGAAAGGCUGCACCGAUCCCCCAGUCUCCAGGAGUGGAGGCUGUUCCGUCUGCCAAAAACACAGAACUACAUUCUCCUCUUUCCCCUCUGUCGCCGGCUUCACCAGUUUUUCCUGAUGGCAUAUUCACCGCUCGCUGGUACACGAAACAUCAACAGCAGGUCCCAUCAGUGUUCUUGGCAUUUUUUGAUCUGAAUGCGAAUGAAGCCGCGCAGGAUGAGCAGAUCAAGAACGAUAUAAAUGCUGUCAAGGGUGCCCUAUCUCGGUCUGGAUUCAAGACUCGCUUUGCAGCUGUUCUGAUUAGUGAUAAGAGCGUUCUCCAUGCCCCGGAGUUGGAGGAUCGCGUUGCAUCAAUUCGAAGGGCGACGGCACUGGACCUCAAGACCGGACUGUUCUUUAUGCCUCCUAUGACCUCGCAAGUGGAGAUAGCGACAUUCGUUCAAGAUAUGAUGAAAGCUCUGCAGCCAUCUUGUGUCGAGUACUAUAGAGAUCUUACAAAACAUGCGAGAAGGAAGAAGGCUCGAGGAGGACCACCACCAUUGGCCCAUACGCCCGUAGGAGGUGCUUCACAGUCAACAUCAACCUCAGGCUGGAAUGUACGAUAUGAAGUCAAACAGGGCGUGUUCGCUGAGUUCCGCCAGGAAAUGGACGUUGCUGAGCGCCACUAUUCUGCCGCCAUUGAGGAACUCUUCAGCUCAGAAGGGGGUGUGUUUGAGACGACAGCGAGCUGGUCACCGAGAUGGGAUGAAGCACGCCUCUUGUGCGACUCAAUCGCCUUGAGAACGAUUAGAUGUCAACUGUGGAACGGCAAUCACACAGGUGCUGUGCAGUCGUGGCAAAAUUACAAGCAGCGGACAAGAGACCUGAUCGACAGGAGAGGAAAAGGCACAAAUUCGUACGGCUGGGAUGCGUGGGAAGCGCGUUGGGCGAAUAUUAUGUCUCAAUUGGUAGAUCGCGCGCAGAUACGAGGGUUGCAGAAAGCGGUACAGAAUGAGUCCGGCGAGUGGUCAGAGGUCCAAGUAUAUGCGCAGCCCGAAAAGGCACUCGCGAUGGCUGAACGCCUUCCACCGUGGAAUUUGUUGCAUCACUCAGGUUAUUGGUUGAGACUCUUCGCGAAGGGUAUCAAGGCUCGCUGGGGAAAGGCAGACGCAAUCCCGGAAGAAGAUCGAGUGCCUCCUGGACAGUCACCAGCAUCCACCGUUGCUAAUCGCUGGAAGACGUAUGAUGUUUACAUGGUUCCAGAGCCACACCAAGAGAAGCCGGUGUCUGGAGAACCUGCGUAUGAUCAUCCCGCUGAGCUCGGCGCGGCGUGCAUCCGUGCUGCGGGAGAAUUCGAGGCAAGACGCCAGAUACGCAUGGCAGAGCAGCUGAAGCUUGAAUUGGCCGAGGAUUUCGUAGGCGCCGGUCGCCAUUUCGAUGCUCUGCAAGUGCUGACUGGUCUAUGGGAAACCUGUACCUGGCGAGAAGAUGAGUGGUUCGUGCCAUUCAGCCGGCUAUUGCGACUACUAUCAGAUUGUGCUUCACGAGAUAAGACUACACCUAAUGCUGCGCUCGUACCAGCUCUGACAUGGGAGUUGCUUUGCGUUGCGCCUUGUGACUUGCCUGAAGGUUCUGUGAGCUUGCCACAAUGUCUCAACUCAUGGGAAGUCGAGACGCCCGUCAAUCUGCAACUUGAAGGCAAGCAACGACUAUGUCCCGUGGUGCUGUCGUUCGCGUUCAGAAGUCUGGAAAGUCACGUCGGCGAGCCACAGGAAUGCCAACUGGGUCUUGAGUAUCGUACAUCGAAGGCUUCUGAGCCUCUUGUGAUUGACAGAGUUGAACUCACGGUGGGCUCAAAGACGAUUGUGAUCCGGCACCAUGUCCAGGAAAGUCAUAGCAAUGAUGCUGUCAUCUUGAGGCGCUUAUCAACGUUGCGCGAAGGAGAAGAUGGUUCUUCCGAUACCACGGCAGACCUCAGCCUCCCUCCGUUGAUCAGGAAGUGUUUCGAGUUCUCGAUACUACUUCGAGAAGCUCAGCUCUGGCAAGUAAGCGCAGUGACUAUCUUCAUGCAAACACCAAAGUUUAGCCUGAGCCAUCGACUCGUGGAUGAAAGCAUUCGAACAAGCAGAAGCUGGAUGCUCGAGAAAGAUGGCAAGCUGGACGAGCUUUUGCUGGCCCAUAUGGAUGCCAAAUCUAUCAACGUGCUGCCCAAGCCGCCCAAGGUGAAAUUGCACCUAAACGGCUUGCGCAAGCAUUGUUACACCGACGAACUCGUGCGCCUGCAGCUAGAGCUUGUCAAUGAAGAAGCGGAAGCCAUGAGCGGCAGUAUCAUAGCGAAGGCAACUGGCCAAGCAGGCGAGGUGCUCGCAUUCACAUGGAAUAACGAUGACACAGGCGCCGAAAUACUGAGUAUGGCGGAGAUUGCCGCUAAUGCCACGUCUUCAGCAGAGUUGGCAAUUCAAGCACCGCCUGAAGCUUCCAACUUUACACUCACCAUCGACCUUCGGUAUACUCUGAUUUCGGAUGCCAACACGCCGUUGACCAAGAGUGUGACUGCAGAGCUCGUGUUUGUCGCGCCAUUUGAAACGAAAUUCACAUUCCAGCCACGCCUUCCCCCUGAUCCUUGGCGCAGCUACUUCGAUGCCUCUGGCGAGAGUACGAAAGCUUCGCCUGAUGGCGUCGUGCAGCUUUGGAAGUUAGGGACUCAGGUAGCUUCUCUCGCAGAGCGACCAGUCAGGCUCCACAAGCUCGAACUGCUCGUUCACGCAAUGGAAGGCGAUGCGCUAUGCAGGAUUCUGGCUCCCACCAACAGCAACGAGGAGGGCAUCGAAGCUGGCGGCAAGCUCAUGGCAGCUUUUGAGCUGACCACACAAAAGUAUUCGCUGGACGAUCGCCGGCCCAGCCAUCUAGACCUUUCACUUGUCGUCGAAUGGUCACACGAGACGAGCUCGUGCAGAGCAACGACAGAGAUCGCGGUACCGCGUCUGACGAUCCCAACUUCCGAACCCAGAGUUCUCUGCACAGCCAAACCUGAUGCCUGCUCGGCCGAGACGCUACAUGUGCAAUAUCAUCUCGAAAACCCGUCGACACACUUCCUCACCUUUGCAUUGACCAUGGAAGCCAGCGAGGACUUUGCGUUCAGCGGAGCAAAAUACCGGACGCUCAGCCUUGCGCCAUUGAGUAGAAACCAUGUUGCCUAUCAACUCAUGCUCCACCAGGACGUCGAGCCAAACGCCGAGGGGAAUGAGGGACUUUGGAUUGCGCCCAACUUGCAGGUCGUCGACUCGUAUUAUCAGAAGAAUUUGCGAGUGCAUCCGGCGGGACCUCGCGUGAAGCUCGAUGAGAAGAGGGACAUCUGUGUCUGGUUUGGCAAAGCAGAAGCCAAGUGA